GUCUUUCGAGGGAACGUUUCGCGGCGAUUGCCGAUCGCAUCUAUGACUUUUCCAAAACAUACAUCGCUCUAUUGAGAUCUCUAUAAAUGUCGAUGACACCCCCGGAGCACAGUGUCGUCGCAUCCAUCGAAAUAUCCAACAAUGCCCUUACUUUUUCUACAGACUAUCAUCGAAAUCGACUUUUAAAUGCAAUACCUACCUACUAUACGAUGUCCCUAUUAAAACAACGUCAUGUUAAUUAGUGAAAGUAUUCGAUUCGACAGAUGAAUCUUGUGCGCUUUCGGUUAAAGACUCGAUAAUGGGAAGCGAUUGUUGUAAGUGCGCCGAUGAUAAUGGCAAACCUAUCAGAGGAUCCUCUUCCAAUGGUUCGGCAUAUCGCUUACGCGGUGACCGGCCGAUGCCACCUAAUCGGUAUCGGCUACAAAUGAGAGGUAACGUCGUACAAUUGACGUUGAAACAAUCGCAAAAGGACGACACCGGUCAAUAUGCCUUAGUAGCCACGAGAAUCGGCCAACCCUUUGAGAAGGGAUCCACUAAGAAAAUUCAUGUGCGCGUCGACGAGCCGAGUUACGAGGAAGGCGAUCCACCCAUUUUUCUCAGAAGAUUGACAGACCUCGCAGUCAAAGUUGGCACUAGAACGAGAUUCCUCGUAGAAAUACGAAGCUCGACGAAUACCAAGGUAAUUUGGCACAGAAACGAUCUACCUAUUCAAGCAGGAUCGAGAUUUUCCUUUGUACACGAGGGCAAUUUUUACUGCGUCGAUGUUGCACCGGUAACAGCGGAAGAUCAAGGUGACUGGACUUGCAUGGCGGAAAAUCAAAAUGGCAGAUCAUCGUGCACGUCGCAUCUCAGCGUCAUUGUGCCGAAAGCGUACAAGAGGCCAGAGUUUGUAGAAGAACUUCGAGCACUGUUGACGGAAACAGGAACCGUAUCUUUGGAAUGCAAAGUCGUUGGCGUGCCAACCCCAGUAUUGAGAUGGUUCAAAGACAACAAAGAGAUCAAAGCCGGCGAUGUGUUUGCUUUAACGGCGAAUCCCGACGAUCCAACGUCUUUGGGAAUUUACACCUGCGAAGCUGUCAACUGCAUGGGCAAUGCAUAUUCCUCCUCAAAGGUACACGUCGUUGGAAAAGGAAGUCGGGAGGGUUCUUUAAAACCAGCCGAUACGUUAACGAGUUCAGGACCUCCACCAGUAUUUAAACGAAUACUUCGAGACGAAUGUUGCAGAAUUGGCGAUUCUCUUACACUAUCGUGUCAAGUUCACGUUCCACCAUGGCCAAAGUCGAUAACGUGGUACAAUCAAGAAGGGCGCAUAGAUCCAAACGAAAAGUAUCACGUGAUGGAAGAUGGUCUAGGUGGUUAUUCGAUAGAAGUGAAAUUGGUCGAAGCUAUGGACGAGGGCGAAUGGAAAUGCGUCGCUACCAGUGCGCAAAAUGUUAAACAAUUUACGACGUGUCAUGUCGCUAUGAUCAUUCCAAAGAACUAUAGGAAACCGCGUUUCAUGGAAAGCUUAAAAGCGGUUCUCACGGAAGAAGGUUUGGUAUCGUUCGAAUGCAAAGUCGUCGGUUUUCCAACUCCCUUAUUGAGGUGGUUCAAGGAUGGACAAGAAUUAAAACCAGGAGACGUUUACCAAUUAACCGGGACCAACUCGUUAGGUUCUUAUUGUUGCAUCGCAAAAAAUUGUAUGGGCGAGGCAAAGAGUACCGCAGAGUUAACGAUUGAAGAUAUUCAAAAUCAAUUGAACGAGGAAGAACGCCUUCAACUGUUGAGUUCUGACAAGCCACCCAAGUUUAUUAGAGGUUUAAGGAGUUGCGAAGCAAAGAUCAACGAAGAAUUAUUUCGUUUCACGGUGCAGGUGAGCAUUUCGCCGGAACCAACUCUCUCGUGGUACAAAGACGACGUGGAGGUGAUCGAAGGUGACAAAUAUCGUACGGUGAAGGAAACUCUUGGCACGUGUCAUCUCGAAGUUCGUCAGCUUGAAAUUUCCGAUCAAGGCGAAUGGAAAUGCGUGGCUGCUAACGAUUACGGACACAGCGUUACUUCCUGUUUUCUCAAAUUAAUCAUUCCUAAGCAUUACAAAAAGCCCAAAUUCUUGGAGAGCUUGCGAGCAAUAUUAUCCGAAGAAGGUGCCGUUAAUUUGGAGUGCAAAGUGAUCGGUGUACCUCAACCAAUUCUCAAGUGGUACAAAGAUGGUGUGGAAUUAAAACCAGGCGAUAUACAUAGAAUAAUUACGGGUCAAGAUGGUACUUGCUGUCUGGGAACGUAUACGUGCGAAGCUAUCAAUUGUAUGGGAACGGUCAGCAGUUCUGCUUCUCUACUAGGUUUCGAAGACAAAAUCAAUAGCCGAAAGGAUGGCAAAGAAGAGGCCCAAUCGUCACCGAAUGGUCACGAAUUGGCAAGAAAUUUAUCCCUCUCGACGAUUCACGAAGAAAGAACGUCUCAAUUAUACGAUACCCCGCAGACCGAUCGUUCGAUGACCCUUGACGAUAGAGGCGAAGUUUCUUUCAGUUUUGAUGGUAAAGAAGUGUCGGUAAGCCUUUACGAAACUCCCGAUCUUACGGAAGAAGAAGCUCUGCAGAUCGUCGAGAUGUACGCUGACCAAUUGUCCGAGCACGUUACAGAGCACAACGUCAUUGAAUUGCCACCGAUGAGGUUCGUUAAGGAGAGCUCCACUUCUGGAAACCUUUUAAUGGAAGCUGUCGUGAUUGACGUUUCACCGGAUUAUUUUGUCAGCGCCGAGGACGGAGACGAUCUAAGAACGGAAGCAGAUUUUGAAGAUGUCUCGAUCAUGGACGAUCAAACUCGGGUUUUCUCUUCUCCCGAAGACGAAUCCUUGUCGUUGAAGAGAUCGGCCAAAUACAGUUGGGAAGGCGAAGAGAAACCGCCAAAGAGGCCACCGCGAAAAAAAUCUACGAGUCGUUCUUCCUCCAAAAGCGACGAUAAAAGUCUCAAAUUUGAAUCGGAAAGUUUUCACAGCGCACGGAAGGACGACGAUCGACCGAUCUCCCCUCUUUCCUCCGAAAGAAUGGACGACAGCGAGUCCAUUACUUUCGCGGAUGCGUUGUCUUCCGCGCGAUUUUCUAUUUCGGAAAAGCAAAACAAAUUAACGAACGACGAUGAAAAUAAGCAAAACAUUGGUGCUGACGUCGAAGGGCUAGAUCAAUCUCUCAAGACGAAUUCGCGAAAGAGACAAGAAAAGAAAGAAAAAAGUAGUUCGGAGGAAUCUACGACGUCGAUUCCAACCGAUCUAGAUGGGAAGACAAGCAAAAAGAAGAAGAAGAAGAAAAAGGGUGAAUUUUGUCAGCGUAUCGAAUCGAUCGAUGCUCGGGUCGACGAUGACAAAACAUCCGACAAAGAUAAGUCUUUGUCGAAGAAUAAUAAAGAACGGAUAUUGAAUCAAAUAGUAAGGUUGACGGAACCGGUAGUCGCGAUUCGCGACUCUUUGGUAGACUUAGAUCGAUACGACAGAUUUUUAGAGCUCGAAAGCGAACAACGAUCGAGAGAUUUCGUUUUGGAGUCGAUCAUCAAACCGAUUCAGACCCUUUGCGAGGAAGUAUCUUCGGUAGAAGCGAAAGCUUUGAAGAAUGCGGGUGACAGGUCUCUCGGUCAAGCGAUAAGAAUAUCUCUGCUGGAAACUAUCGGGGGCCCUACCGAAGAACUUCUUCGCGGAAUUGAAUUGAUAGAUCGACAACGAAGUUUUCGAGCUCAGAGAACCGACGUUAUCGCUAUUCUAGAGUCCUUGACAGAUCCGGUCGACGAGAUUCUAAUGGGUUUGACAAGAAUCGAACAAGAACUGACCGGUAAAGCGAAAGGAGAAAAACCUGUGUCUUUUCUUCGAAUGCGUCGAGUCGUUUCACAUUUCGACGAAAGUUUGAAGAAUCUUUUCGUCAGAGAAACAGAACCCGUCCGAUUGUUUUCCUAUUUAGAUAAAGUUAUCGACACGUUGAAUUCAUUUUUGCAAGAUGUUUCGAUAAAUCCAACGACAGGUACGAUAGAAACGGUAGAUACGGUGCUCGUAGAGUCCUUAUCAAAAUCCAUCGAAGAAACUGUAAGAGCAAUCUCCAAUCGAACCGAGUCCCUCGAACAGAGUCGUUCUACCAACGACACAAUUUCUCUUCUAACCGAUCGACUAUUGCAGCCUACUCGAGAAUUAAGGUCUAAAUUGGAUACUCUGACAGCUGCUUUAGAAACUUACGAAAAUAAAGGCGACCCUCUUACGGAACGUCGUGGUAAAUUAAUCGAUUCUUUGAAAGAGUCCUUAAACGAUACCCUCACGGAAAUUCUCCAUUACCAUGCGAAAGAAGAGAAGGAAGUGCAUACGGAAAAUGACAGUAAUUUUGUCGAAGAAAGUAAACGCAUCUUUGAAGAUACGCGUUUGGCUCUACAAGAGGCUCUUGAAACUUACGAGACGAUAUCCGGUUCAUUGGAUCCUCGAUUCACAGCCGUGUUUGAGGAAAUAAAUGAGACCUAUAAUAGAUUAAGCGUUAGAGGACAGGAAGCGAAUUCCUUUGAAACGUUACUCUAUUCCGUGGAAGAACAAUUAAAUGUUCUUCGAGACACCGUAACAGACGUAUCGAGUAUCAAAGAUUCUACAAAUGUAUUGAAACUUUUAGCUCCGUCGAUAACUCGAUUGUCUAUCGCUAUGCAAAAUUCCUCGUUAAAUUGUUCAUCCGUGCAACCAAUUAUUUCGAUUUGCUCGUAUAUAGAGAAUAUUAUUCGCGGAGAUGGUAGAAUUGAAGAAAGCGAAAACACGCGAUUCUCAGUGACGGAUAAUCUUCUCGAUCCGUUGAUAGAAAUUCAGGCAACUCUGAGCUCGGCAAUUCAGGAUUUGGAAGAUAUCGAGUUACCUGCCAAUGGCAGUAUCGCUCGUCAACAAAUUCCGAUGGCGCACGAAUUUUCCUCGACAUUGAUAGACCUGAGGCAAUGCAUAUCUGACGCGGCGCACGCAGCGAUGUCUUCCAACGAAAAUGAAAUCUUUCGUUGUCUGACGGACGUCGAGGAACCUUUGUUGGAUCUUCGAGAUAUGUUAGCAACGAAAGACGAAAAGUCUCGGGAGGAACUCGCCGUGAUAAAGGAAACCUUUUCAACGUCUAUUGGAAAUUUGCAAGACCUAUUGUCUAUGGUUUUGAUUACACCUUCCUCGUCGAGCGUUGUUAAAUCAAUGAAAACGAACAUGAAAACGGUCUUGAAGAUAAUGAAAGACAUUCGAGGAGAAAUAGGAAAAAUACCAAAGACCACGUACGUUGCUAAAUUGCAACAUCUAAACGUAGAUGAAAAAUUAGGUAGCAUUAAUUUCUCUUUAACGUCGGUUUUAGAAAAGCAAAAGAAAAUCGCGGCUUCGUCGUCAUCAUUGACUAAUUCGGUAGAAAUAUUACAGGAGACUGUCGCAAAUUGUGCCGUAGCAAUUGCUAGCUUGAAAGAACCCAAGGAGGAUGAAAAGAUAGCAAAGGAAGUGUCACAAUUGGGAAAACCUUUAGAGAUUUUGCAACGAGCCCUUCUAACCGAGGAACACCAAAUAGAAGAAGAAGAAAUAUUGAACGAUUUGAUCGAACCAGUCGAUAGAUUGAAAACACUGAUGAAGGCUGUCGUGGAAGGUGGCAAAUCUUUGGAAGAACUUAUUCCCAUCGUAGAGCUAUUGGAAGAAAUAGAAAAGGAUGCAACUUUGAUAGCCAAAGAAACGUCGAAGAAAAAGGAUCAAUUAAUAGUAAGCCAAGAAGAAAAGACUUCGUCGAAGCAAUUGGCCGAUAAAAUAAAUCGUUCAUUGGAUCCUAUCCGAGGUUGGUUAUCGACCACCUCCGACCAAGAUAGUCUCAGAGACGAGGAAGCGUCUCCUCUAAGCUCCUCGGUCGAUGAACUUAAACGAGACGUUACGAGAAUAGCCAUAGAAACAUCUUAUUCGGAUCCACCGAGCGAUCAGGAUUUGAUCGAAGCUCUGAUCGAUCUUCGGGAACCUCUGAUGCGUUUGAAAAACGCCAUCUCCAUGUACCACGAGCCAGAAGAUCUUGCUGCUCUGGAAACGUUGAGUCGACCGAUGAAAUAUCUUUUACAAACGAUUGCGCACGUUUUGGAAGACCAUGCCGAGGAAAAAAGUCUUCGUUUGAUUUUAGAUAUCGUUGAAGAAAUAGAAAAUCGAAUACCGAUUUCCAUUAAAGAAGCGCUUUAUAAAAAGGAACUUCGACAGGUGGUCGAGACAUUGGAAGAGAGUGUAUCACCUGCUACGACGGAUAUCGUAGAAGAACCGAUCCGCACCAGAGUACCAAAGGAACAAACUGACAAACCUAGCGAAAAUGCAAUGGAGAAAGACUUGAUGUUUUCGUUACCUAAAAUACUUGAAAAUGUUCAAUUGGAAGCUACCAGUAUCCUCGAGGAUUUGGAACAACCCAUGACGGGAGAAAUGAUUAUUCCUCAAACAAAAUUGACCAACGCUCUUGAAGAAUUUACUAAGAUGAUCUCUACCACGCGUAUAGCUAUUUCCAAUUAUGAUAAAGGGCCAAGCAAGGAAGAAGAACCACUUUUGAUUCUUAAUAAUUUAUUGAAACCUCUUACUAUGAUAGAAGAAGCUGUUAAUUUGACCGAAGAACUAGGCGUAGCAGAACUAUCGGUUCUGAAUCGUCUUGAACAGUCUCUCGAAGACACGGAGAAAUAUAUUCUAAGACCGUGUCUCGAAGUAUGCGAGAAAGAUCGUUCGAAGGACACUUUGAAGGAACUUCUUCGAGUAUUGGAUGACACUAAAUUGAAGAUACCUAUCGCGAUGAAGGAAGUAAGUUGUAGACAAGAAAUGUUGGGAUAUCUUCGGGACAUUUCAAAGCCCCUGGAAAGUAUUGAGGAACAAAUGAGAGGUCUCGAGACAAUCUCGGAAGAUACUAUAGAAAAAGACGUGGCGAAAAUUCUCGUCAAGCCGAUAGAUAUGUUAUUGCAAGCUGUUAAUAAAACAUCGCAACAGACUGAAAUUCUCGAUCAACGUAAGGAAGUAAUAAAAGAACUGAGAAACAUAACCGAACCAUUGGUCAAAUUUCUCAAUUGUCUUUCGGUCGUGCAAAGGAGUCGUCAAAGUUUAGUACCAGAAGUAGCGUUACUCGAUGAAAGGAGAAACGUCAUUUUCAAUUCCGUCGAAGAUCUUCGACUUAAGAUUUGCGAUAUUGUCGACAAAAUAGCGACCGUAGAGGAUGGAGGCUUUUUCGAGGUUCCCUUAAUAUCCUUGAACGAUGCCAUUUUGUCCGUUCGCCAGCAAAUUGAAAAGGUAGAUUAUUCUCCAAAACCAAGUACCAUGAGAUUACAUUUUCAGGAUUAUUUCAUGAAAUCGUUGAGCAGAUUGGGAGAAACGAUUGAUGCUUUAGAAAAGGGCACAGAAUUAUCUGGCGAGGAAAGUAUUUGGAAAUCGUUGAAACCUCUUAAGAAACAAAUAUCUUUGUCUCAAUCGCAAUUUUGUCCAACCUCCGAUGAGUUUAUCGACGCGGAAGCAAUCGUCGAAGGAUUUUUAUAUCCAACCAAUCAACUUCAAUCGGCCCUUGGUGCUCUGAAAGAAAGUAUGAAAGAUAAUGCAACGGCAGCAUCAUUUACGAACGUUUCCUUAGGACUGUUUGAAAAUUUGGCUGAUUCGAUCGCUGAUCUAGUAUAUUCCUUGUCCUCUUAUCGUGCAGGUUUGAUUAGCGAGGGUGCAUCAGAAGGAUCCUCCAUCAUAGAAACGUUCUCCGCUGCUUUAGAGGUAUUAGAAAAUGUUAAAACUUCCAUAACGAGCAUUCAGGAUAUGAUUAAAACCGCUGAGAGACAAACCAAGACGAUCCUUGAAAUCAAAGAGCCGGAACGGAAAGAAGAAUCGAAAGAUAAAUCCGAGGAAACAGCAAUUUCUUCUGUGAAAGAAAAGAUUGAAAUGAAAGAAGAGGCAGUACUUCCAAAGACCAUUGAAAAAGAUGAAAGAAUAUCGCACGAAGAAAAAGCACAAAUGGAAGAUCAGCCUGAGAAAUCCGAAGGACUUGGUUCAAUGAUAGAAGAAACCAAAUCUCCGCAUAAACUCAAAGUGGAAAGACAAGAAGAAACGUCGAUUAAAGUUGAUGAAAAUAUUCAAGGGAAUACGAACGAAUUGGAAAGAACAUUGAAAUUUGUAGAACAGGCGGAUGAAAAGUUGCAAGAAAAAGUACACGGUGAAACGACGAAAGAAGAAAUAAAAGAAGAAAAUGUUCAAAUGACAUUGGAAGAACGGAAAGUUGAAAAUAUAGUUGAACAAGAAGGAGAACAAAUUGUUGGGCAAAUUUCUUCCGAAAGUAUAGGAGAUUUGGAAAAUAAAGAGUCGAAAUCGAGUCCAACGCAAGUAACCGUCGUUGUCGACGAAAUCAUUCAAGUAUCUAAAGAGGAACAAGUAGAAAGCGUAAUGGUCGUCGAAGAAAUUUUACGAGCCGAUUUGGAAAGGAGUCCAGAAACAGCAACGGCAACUGCAACAGCAACUGCAACGGCAACUGCAACGGUAGAAUCAAUUGCUUCGAAUGCUAGCGAGGCACAAUUUUUAGCGGAAAAAGGUGUUAAAGAACGCCUUGAAGAACCAACGAAGACCGAGAAAGAAACGAAAUUCCUCGAAUCAAAAGAGGAGAGUAUGCGAGUUGAUAAAAAUACCGAGAUACUUAAACGAAUAGUCUCAACUCUGAGAACUUUGGAAACGCCUAUGAAAGAUUUAACCGAAUUCAUAAAUUCAGCUAAGAAGGAACCGCUGACUGUUAAAUCCGAAGAAGAACAUAGAAAAAUACGAGAACUAACGGCUUUGAUACAAAUACUAAACGAUUUACGAGCGACGAGCGUUUCCAUACGCUGUACGCCCGCCUUUUCCGCAUACUCCAAUUCGAAAGAUCUAUUUUCAAACAUAAUCAAUUCCGUGGAUACCAUGGAACGAGCCACGGCUAGUAUUCUUCUUCUGACGCAAGAACAUCUCGUACCCGAACUUAAAGAAAAAUCGCUUAUUGCUCUAAAGAAUCUUAUUAAUCCUCUAGAGUCGAUAGAGAAAUCAUUUUCCGCAGUACUUCAAGUUGAAGGAGUGUCCAAAUUAACAACGGACGAAAAGAAUAAAUUAUCGAUCACGGUGGAGAAUCUAGUUAAUGUCAUUUCUAAUCUUAGAGAAACCGUCUGCUCCAUCGAUUAUGCGAAAUCGGCAACGCAAUCGAUGAUAAACGAACAGAAGAUUAUACCCGGUGAAGCUACAGAAACUGUAGAAAAUAUUAAAUAUGAUCGUCUGCCGAUCGAAGAGACAAAAGAAUCAUUGGAAAUGUUGAAGGUAUCGAUGGCCGCUGUGGUGCAAGAAUCGGUGCUUGCCGAAACCGAAACCGAAACCGAAAUCAAAAUUGAAGACGCGAAAGAACAAUCUGCCACCGUUGUAGUCAGUAAAGAAGAACCUCUUUCUAUCCCCAUUCAAAGUUCUUGCGUUGAAUUAAUUGAAGAUAUCAUUGUUCCGAUUCAGGAACUACGAGAAUCUUUUUCUCAUAUAGGACAAGAAGAACAAGAGACUGCGUUGAUUCAUUCUUUGGAGGAAGUGGAAAAAUCGCUGCGUUUCCUGGCAACUGAAGGAGUUGCGACCGUAACUGGGCAGGAUGAAAGUACUGGAGAAUUGAAAGAAGCUGCUUUGCAACGAGCAAACGUUACGCCAGUUUUAAAGGAAUUGCAAAAAUCAAUAGCCACAAUCGAAAUGCAGAUAACGUGCGAAGCUCCCUUUGCUCAAGAGGUAACCUCGUCUCUAGAAAAAUUGCAACGUUCGACCGCGUCGUUCCAGCAACUCGUCGAAACUGAAAUCGGCUUGGCAUCGACUUCUCAAAGUGUACCAGAUCAACUUGAACAAAUAAAAGUCGAAUCAAAGCCACGAGAAGAUAUCGAAAGAGCAACGUCUUCGAUUAAAGAGUUGCGGGAAACGGUCGGAGAUUUGGCAAAGAAGGGUACUUUGCAAGAGACCGAACUCGCGUUAGCUUUGACCAAAUGGAUCGAACCGUUAGAAUCGUUGGAAAGUACAUUUUCGUUGGUACUUGAUGAAGGAUUGGACGGUCCUCCGCUUAAAGAAUCCAUAGGGUCAACUUUGGAAGAGUUGAGAACGUUCGUGCACGGUACCGAAGAAUAUCUUAUGAUCGGUCAAGAGAAAUUAUCCUCAAUCGAAGAUACCGAAAGUCAGUCGUUAAUGAAGAAGGCCACCGAAUCUUUGGAGGAGCUGAAAACGUCCCUAGGGAUCGUUCACGAAUCAAUGACCGUUGCUGAUUCUAAGGAAAAACUUUCGGACAUAGAAAAUAUGUCGAUCACGGCUUUGCAAGAAUUGGCAAAAACUGCGGAAGAAGUUAAGAAACACUGUACGGCGAUCUUCGAAGAACCUAAAAUCAUAAAUGCCCUUAGUAAAGUAACUCCGGUAAAAGAAAAGGUAGCGAUACUCGAGGAUAUUAUCUCUCCGGUUCGUCUUUUACAAGAAUCAAUAGUAACUAUUGAAGAAACGAAAGUUCACGAGACCGAGGAAUUGAAAGUGCCAGAGGAGAAGGUGUCAACAAGAUUGUUGAAUACUUUGGUGGAACCGUUGCAACGAUUGGAGAAGAUUUUUGUUGCCGUUAUGCAAGGAGAACACGCGACCGCGCAGGAAACUGAAAAUAUUCUGGAAACCGAGGAAGGCGCGGAAAAAUUGUCCCUUGUUCCGGUACUCGAACAAAUGGAUAAAACUUUAGCGACGAUAGAAGAGCAAGUAACGUUGGAGGGAGGAGCGGAUAGUAUGUCCAAGAGCACCGAAAACCUAUCCUUCGUGGAAACGAUAGCUGAGCCGUUGCUCGAAUUGAGGGCAUCGAUAGCAGCCGUCCAGAAAGUAGCCGCGAUCCUUCCCGAAGGAAAUUUGGAGGAAUUAUCGGAAACCGAAAAUGUAAAUGCUUUGGAGACCUUUGCCAAGUCUAUAUACGAUUUAGCGGAAAGAAUCGCCAUAUCGCGAUUCAACGAAGAAGCGAUCUUCGAGCCUGCACCCGACACAAUGUCCGAAGGCGUGUCCUCCUUGAAAACUUGGCCAGAUAUCGGCGAAGAAGAACCUCCGGUCAAGGUAACGCGAGCAAUGAUAGUCGAACAAGGUAUCGUUGAAAGUCCCACCGAAGCGGCAUCCCCCUUUUCCGAGGAGGAAGGCACCAUCCUGAGAACUCUUGCCAAGCCGCUCGACGAAUUGCGAGAGUUAAUGGCAUUGAUCGUCGAGGAACGAAGAACCACCGAAAGCACCUGUCCUUUCGCGUCGCAGAACGUCGCAGACGACGAUGGUUCCUUGACAAAGGCCAUAGCGAAACCACUGUUAGAAUUAAGAAACGUUGCCGCGACGAUAAUCGAGGAAAAAAUGGCCAUCGAAUCGACGAGAGAAAAGGCAUUCGGGGUAGAUGGGGGUGCGGCGAUGUCGAUAGAUCCUCUGAUCCAGCCGCUCGAAGAAGUUUGCCGCUCGAUCGCCAUCAUUCAAGAUCGAAUGCUCGUUGAAAGUUUGCAAGAACGUCCCGCCGAAAACGAAUUAACAUUUUUGAGCGUCCUGGCCGAACCUUUGCUCGAUCUUCAGAGGAGCAUCGUAGUGUUGGAGGAACGCGUUAUAUCACCGGAUGUUGAAUCUUUGCCGCAAGAAUUACCAAGACCCAAUUGGUCGACAGCGGAAUGCGUGGCGGUCGCGCCGUUGCACGAAAUCGAAAAGUCGAUAGCUGAAAUUUGCGAAUGCGUUACAACUAUUCAAGCGGAUACGGUUAAAGAAGAUGAACAAAGUCAAAUUAGCCCGCAAGACCGGAUUGUCUUUGACAAAUUGAUAGAACCAGUCGAAGGUAUCAUAAGCAACAUAUUAAACGUCGGAGAGGAGAUUUUACCAAAAGAAAUGGCUCUCGAACGCAGGAUCGAAUAUGAAGCUUUGAAGAAACUCGUCGAACCGCUCAAAGCUGUUUCCGCCAGCUUUUCUCUUUUACGAGACAAAUCCGACUUAACAAAAUCCGAAGAGGAAGCCAACAUCGACGUCAUCGUCGAAUCUCUUUCUAACGUAGAAAGAUGUAUUUCUAUCCUGGAGGAACAAGCAGUCGAUAAGCCACUCGUUGAACCAUUCUAUGCUGCAGAAGUGGAUAAAAGCGUAAUAAGUGUCCUGAGAUUGCCAUUAAUGGAAUUAAAAGAGUCCAUUUUAAAGGUUGACGAUUCCUCUACUAAGUAUCUUCAAAAUUUAGAAAAACCAUUAAAAAAUCUCCAUGCAGUUCUAGAAACAAUGUCAACGGGUCAACAAAGUUUAAUGGCAAUUCAUUCGGUAACUCAGCAAACGUUACCAUCUAUAGAAAUGACAAGACUAUCGAUCAAAUUAAUAGAUCUUAUUGUCGGUAUUAAUGAGUCUGUUCAGAGUGUAGAAAAUAGGAUACAGGAUCAAAUUGGACAAACUAAUAUUGACAAAUGUAUUGAAUGUAAAGAAUUAAAAAUGUUCAACGCGUCUCUUGAAGAUUUGAAAAAAUGUAUUGUCAAAAUUCAAGAAGAAGGAACAAUCGAAAAAAGAUCCAUGUUGGAAUCUCUUAAUCAGAUUCAUGAAUCUGUUGCUAUCAUCGAAAAGCAAAAUUCUUCUAAAUCAGAUACACGAUCCACAGACAUUGAGGAGAAGCAAACCAUUGGAAUCCUUCAACUUUUAUCUCCAUGCUUAUGUGAUUUGGAUACUACCGUUACAACCAUUAAAGCAACGAAAGAAAAAGAUGUGACGAACGAUCACUUGCAGAUAUUAGAAAAACCUCUUGGCGAUUUACUGAGUAAUCUCAACGAUCUACGCGAUAAAUUAUUAUUUGGUCAACUUUUAUGGACGACUGAUGAAAGAGUAGAUACGUAUGAAGAAAAGGAUCGAACAGAAUUGAAAGAUCAUGAAAAUAAAGGGAAAGAAAAAGAAGAGCUACAGACCCAAAUAGAAGAAGCUAAAGAUUCGCAGCUGAAAGAAAAAGAGGAUGAAAAAUUAAAAAGUGAAAAAGAACGUAAGAAGCAAGUGGAAGUUGACAAAUUAAAACGCGACGAGGAAGAUCGUAAACAGCAAAAGGAAGCUGAAAAACUUAAGCAGGAGGACGAAGAACGUAAACGUGCCGAGGAAGAUGAACGACUGAAACGAGAGGAAGAAGAACGUAGAAAGCAAGAAGAGGCUGAAAAGCUUAAGAGGGAGGAUGAAGAACGUAAACUAAAGGAGGAAGGUGAACGAUUGAAACGUGAAGAAGACGAACGUAAAAAGCAGGAAGAAGCAGAGAAACUGAAACAAGAGGAGAAAGAACGCAAACUAAAGGAGGAAAAUGAAAAGUUGAAACGUGAAGAGGAAGAACGCAGAAAGCAGGAGGAGGAGGAGAAGGAGAAACAUAAACGUGCGGAGGAAGCUGAACAACUGAAAUGUGUAGAAGAAGAGCGUAAAAAGCAAGAAGAAGCUGAGAAACUUAAGAAGGAGGAGGAAGAACGUAAACUAAAGGAGGAAGCUGAACGACUGAAACGUGAAGAAGACGAGCGCAAAAAGCAAAAAGAAGCAGAGAAAUUGAAACGUGAAGAAGAAGAACGUAGAAAGCAAGAAGAAGAUGAACGAUUGAAACGAGAAGAAGAAGAGCGUAGAAAGCAAGAAGAAGCUGAAAGACUAAAACGAGAAGAGGAUGAACGUAAACGUGCCGAGGAAGCUGAACGACUGAAACGUGAAGAAGAUGAACGCAAAAAGCAGGAAGAAGCAGAAAAACUGAAACAGGAGGAGGAAGAACGCAAACUAAAGGAGGAAGCUGAACGACUGAAACGUGAAGAAGACGAACGCAAAAAGCAGGAAGAAGCAGAAAAACUGAAACAGGAGGAGGAAGAACGCAAACUAAAGGAGGAGAAUGAAAAACUGAAGCGUGAAGAAGAAGAACAUAGAAAGCAAGAAGAAGCUAAAAGACUAAAACGGGAAGAAGAAGAACGUAUAAAACAAGAGGAAUCUGAGAUAUUGAAACGUGAAGAAGAGGAACGUAAGAAACAAGAGGAAGCUGAGAAACUUAAGAUGGAGGAGGAAGAACGUAAACGUGCCGAGGAAGCUGAACGACUGAAACGGGAGGAGGAAGAACGGAAAAAGCAGGAAGAAGCGGAAAAACUGAAACAGGAGGAGGAAGAAAGCAAGCUAAAGGAAGAAAAUGAAAAGUUGAAACGCGAAGAGGAAGAACGCAGAAAGCAACAGGAAAUUGAAAAACUGAAACAUGAAGAAGAAGAACGUAGAAAGCAAGAAGAAGCCGAACGACUUAAAAGGGAAGAGGAUGAACGUAAACUUAAAGAGGAAACUGAGAAAUUGAAACGCGAAGAAGAGGAACGUAAGAAACAAGAGGAAGCUGAACGACUUAAACGCGAAGAAGAUGAGCGUAGAAAACAAGAAGAAGCUGAACGAUUAAAACGGGAAGAAGAAGAACGUAAAAAACAAGAGGAAACUGAGAGAUUGAAACGUGAAGAAGAAGAAGAACGUAAAAAACAAGAAGAAGCUGAACGACUUAAACGGGAAGAGGAUGAACGUAAACUAAAAGAGGAAAAUGAAAAACUGAAACGUGAAGAAGACGAACGUAGAAAGCAAGAAGAAGCUGAAAGACUAAAACGAGAAGACGAUGAACGUAAACUAAAAGAGGAAAAUGAAAAACUGAAGCGUGAAGAAGAAGAAGAACGUAAACAACGAGAGGAAGCUGAACGACUUAAACGGGAAGAAGAAGAACGUAUAAAACAAGAGGAAUGUGAGAAAUUGAAACGUGAAGAAGAGGAACGUAAGAAACAAGAGGAAGCUGAACGACUUAAACAUGAAGAAGUAGAACGUAAAAAGCAAGAGGAAACUGAGAAACUGAAACGCGAGGAAGAAGAUCGUAGAAAGCAAGGGGAAGCUGAGAAAUUGAAACUCGAGGAAGAAGAACGUAGAAAGCACGAGGAAGCUGAGAAACUGAAACAGGAGGAGGAAGAGGAACGUAAAAAGAAGAAUGAUGGUGAAAAACUGAAACGUGAGGAGGAAGAAUGUAAAGCUAAGGUGGAAGUUGAAAAAUUACAAGUUUCCGUCGAGGAUUCCAAAGAGAAAGAAGAAUUAAAAGAAGAAGGUGAGAAGAAACCUGUAAAGGAUGAUGACGUUUCUGGCCAAAAAAAGCACCCAAAUGAACCACCUAUAUCAGUUAAAGUAAAAGACGAAGUGAAAGAUGAAAUGGAAUCGAAGCAAAUCGAAGGAGAAAUAGAAGAAGAUGCCGGAAGGACAAAGUUUAGCGAGGAACGAAAAAGAAGGCAGCAACGAAUGAAAGAAGAAGAAGAAAGAAUGAGACAAGAGGAAGAAGAAGAGAGAAAACUAGAGGAAGAGAGAAGACGUAAACGGAAAGAACGUAGGAGAAAAGAAGAGGAAGAGAUGUUAAAACAGGAAGCAGCUGAAAGAUUAAGAGUCGAAGAGGAACGUAGGAAAAGAAAAGAAGAAGCGGAGCAAAGCAGAAAAGAUAGAGAAGAGAAAGUAAAGAAACAAGAGAUGGAACGGUUGGAACGUAAGAGAGCCGAAGAACGCCAGAGAAAGGAAGAUUUGGAAAGGAUGAAAAGGAAAGAAGAAGAAAGAAUAAAUAUACGAGAAAAUGAGAGAAAAGCUAGACGCGAGGAAAAUGCAAGAUUGAUGAAGGAAGAGGAGGAUCGAUUGAGACGGAGGCACGAGGAGGAAUUGUCGUUGACAAAUAAGAGACGACGAGAAAGAGCAAGGGACGAUACGUGGUCGAGACUAAGAGAAAACGAAUCUGAUAGAUUUUUCAAUAGACGAAGUAUAGAUGAGGAAUUAAGUAGAAGUAGCAGAUCGUCUCAUCGUUUUGAUUCGGACUUACAAUUAGAAUCGACGCUUUCGGACACGUCUAGAUCGCAUAGUUGGAGAGAAUCUCUCGCUUCCUCUGGAAAAAGAAGCAUCGACGAUUACAUGGAUUACAAAUUACACGAGAGCUCGUUAAACAGAUCUCUGUACGACGUUGGCUCUUAUUAUGGUACAAGAAGACGAAGAGAAGAACGCAUUAACAGAGCAAGGUCGAUCAGCUUGUUAAAAUACGACGAGUAUUAUACGGGCGAUAUCGAUAGUAACCUUUCUUACAGCUCAGCGAGUAAGCCUCCUAGAUACGGUAGAAUGAAAAUCCCUUCUCACAUCGAGUACGACGAUCUUAAUUCGAGUACUUUAGAGAGUAUCGUGCAAGAUAAGGGAAAGAAACCAUCGUUCUGUACGCGACUUACUAAUAGAACGGUAGGCGAAGGUAUGAGAACGAGAUUAACCUGCACUGUUUUGGGACAACCCGAGCCGCGCGUUUAUUGGAAAAAGGAUGGCCAAGAGUUAUCACCUUCCUCGAAUAAACAUCUAAUUAAAUUCGACAAUGGCAUGGCUUAUUUUGAAUUAAAAGAAGCUCUUGUCGAGGAUUCCGGAGUGUAUACCUGCAUCGCGGAAAAUAUUCACGGAUCCUCGUCUACCGAGUCAACUUUGAAAGUUUACAGAGACUUUGUCCAACCAUUAUCGCCACCGAUGUUUACCAAAUCCAUUAAAGAUACGUAUCGAUAUUCUGAUCAUGAAUUAGUAUUAGAAUGUCGAGUUCAUGGAUAUCCGAGCCCUACGAUUACCUGGUUGAAAGAUGGAAAAGUCCUCGACGAUGCAAGAUAUACGGAAAAGUAUUUAGACGACGAUAUUUAUCGAUUGGAAAUAUCGAAUCCUAAUGCUUCGGACAGUGGACGUUACAUUUGCAGAGCGACCAAUGAAAUCCAAUCAAGCGAAAUAUCGCAUAUCGUACACUUCGAAGGACGAGAUCAAACGUCUACUCGUAGAGGUAGACAUAAUCGAUUCAUGGAGGAUGAGACGAGUAUCGAAGCGUCCAGGAGACCUCGCUUUUCGAAUGUUUUGAGCGAUCACAGUGUACCUACCGGUGGUACCAUUGCUCUUCAAGUCGAAGUCAAAGGAAUGCCAGCACCGGAAGUGAGAUGGUUGCACGGAGAACGAAAAGAGCCAAUUUCCAUAUCAAAAGCAAAGACUUUCACCGAAUCUGGCAUUCAUACUCUUAUCGUACCGGAAGCAACAGAAUCGGAAAGAGGUACCUACAUUUGCAGGGCAGUUAACGCUUAUGGAUACGUCGACACAACUGCUACGAUCGAAAUAAUAUCUCCUAGCGCGAUCGAUGGUGGAAAACCUGCAAUGUUCGUUUCCAGACCUUCGGAAAAAUCCAUUGCGGUGGCUAUUGGGGAAGAUGUCAGUGUAUCUUUUAGAGUCACCGGUGUUCCGAAACCUCGAGUAACAUGGAUGAAAGGUUUAAAAGAUAUUACGGAUGGUCCGCGAUCGUACAAAGAAGUUAUCGAUGACUACGUUAGAUUGACUUUGAAAAGAGCAGUACAAACCGACGAAGGUACUUAUUGUAUUUUGGUGAAGAACCGAUACGGAUGCGACAGAAGUUUCUUCUCGAUCUGGAUUAAACAAAGAGCGAGAUCGUUAACACCGUUGCCCGACUGGAGUCGCUCUGAUGCAGGAAGCAUACAAAACGACGAUGAAUUGUCUUAUAUAAAAGAUGUUCCUGGACCAAUCAGCAGCGAACCAAUAGUCGUUGAUGGAGGAAGAAAUUGGUUGUCCUUGAGUUGGGCCAAGGCAGAAAGGAAAGGACCAGCACCAGUAAUCGCCUACAAGGUAGACGCAUGGUUGAUGGGUGGAGAAGGCGGUGCUCGUUGGGCCGAGCUGGGCAUCACGCCGAUCAACGCCUUUGACGCGUUCAAUCUUCGCCCAGGUGGAGAAUACAAAUUUCGCGUAACGCCACGUAAUCGAUAUGGAUGGGGCGAAUCUGUUACGAUGUCUAGUUCGGUCACGGUCACCGAAGUCCUCGAUCUUCCAGAAUUCACGAAAAUUCUGCCCGGUCAGCUGAAGGCUCUUCAAGACACGACGAUCAAAUUGGAAUGCGAAAUUCGCACUGAUUCCAAUAUCAAUAUCAAAUGGUAUCGCGAAACAACCGAGAUCGAUCCUAACAACGACUCAAGAUAUUCCAUCGGUAGGAAAGGUUUAAGGUGCUCUCUUACGAUAGAAAAUAUAAAAGAAGAUGAUUCCGGUAGAUACAUUUGCGAGGCAUCGAAUAAAAUUGGUAAAGUGUCGUCUUUCGCUAGAGUCUUCGUAGUCACCGAUCCAAAGAUUAUCGAAGCGGAUGAAAAACUAAGAUCUAGAAUUUUGGGAGAUGAACGAGAAGAAAGGCCACCACAAUUUGCCAUGAGAUUACGAGAUAGGCGGGUUCAAGUGACUUAUCCUGUACGCUUAACGUGUCAAAUUAUGGGUUUACCUAGUCCCGAGAUCAUUUGGUUCAAAAAUGGGGUGGAAAUUUGUCAAGAUGAACGUCACGUCUUGUGGGACGACGAAUCGAACUUUCACACUUUAGAAAUAAUUCAUUCGACCCUCGAAGACUCCGGAUGUUACAUGGUAACUGCCAAAAAUAUCCAUGGUUCAGUGUCUUGUCGAUCCGUCCUCGUAGUCGAUAAAGGAAUUCGUGCUUACGUUGCUCCAGAAUUUCUUUAUGGCUUGGAUGCAGCUUAUAACGUUAAAUUAAAUGACGAAUUACGAAUGUCGGCUCAGAUCGAAGCUUAUCCUAGCGUGGGCGUAGUAUGGCAUCGCGAUGGUUUGCGUCUACGACCUAGUAGAAGAACUAUCAUGACUUUAAGCCACGACGGUACCGUCGAAUUAUCUUUGGCAAAAGUUAGCAGCAGGGAUGCUGGUGUUUACAGUUGUACCGCGAUCAAUGAAGUUGGCCGUGCUGAAACAUCCACGCGGGUCAACGUUAUCGUCGACUCCGAUGAACCGAACGACGAGCAAAUGCAAUCUCUUUCCGAAGGAUUGCCAACGGUGACGAUAGCUUCUCCCGAUGUGCCAUAUUCAAAGGAACCGCUAUUUGUCACGAAACCUUUAUCAACCGAAGCUCUCGAAGGAGACACGGUCAUUAUACUUUGCGAAGUCGUUGGAGAUCCUAAACCGGAAGUUAUCUGGUUGCGUGACUUCCUUAAGCCCGAUUACUACAGAGACGCGCCUCAUUUUCGACUGGUGGGUAAAGGUCCUCAAUACAGAUUGGAAAUACCUUACGCGAAACUUGAUUUUACCGGAACGUAUUCGGUCAUUGCUCGAAAUUGUCAUGGAGAAGCAAAAGCCGUAAUCUCUUUACAAAUCUAUGCUAAAGGCCAAGGUAAAGAGACGACGAUGAAAAAAUCGGCAAUAACGCACGGGAAGGUGCUCACCUUGCCUAUGGUAACCAGGGAACUCCGAGAUAUAAGAUGUUGCGACGGCGACGCUGUAACUUUGGAGUGUAAAUUUCUUGCCACGCCAGAACAACCAAACGUUCGUUGGGAAAAGGGCGGAAAGAUAAUAACCGUGGGAAACGAUUUUACGAGUGAAUUCGACGGCGAAAUAGCACGACUGAGCAUCCAACACGUUUAUCCCGAGGACGAGGGGGAGUACACGUGUGUCGCUUACAACGAACUUGGAAAAGCAUUCACGUCGGCUUGCAUAGUUGUCGAUGUACCGGAAGGCAAAGAAAACGUACUAAGCGAAAGAUUAACGCGACCGGUUGGCCUACUAUCGGCUGGAUCAACGCCAAGAUCGACUCCACGAUCGACGCCUAUCAGAAGUUUAUCUCCUGCGGUUUCUCAAAUGAGAUCAUUUCCCGUGGAUUUAGAUGGCCGCGAACUAAGGUCUCCUCAACUUCCACCGCGAUGCGGUGGUUCGUCGACGAUAAAACGAACAAAAAUUAGUCCACCGAAAUUUUAUUCCGUACCGCACAAUCGAGUUGUCGAAGAAGGUGAAACCGUACGUUUCCAAUGUGCGGUUGUCGGUCAUCCGACGCCCUGGUUGAAGUGGGACAAAAACGGAAUCGUUGUCACACCGACCACGAGAAUUUCUAUCGUGGAAAAAGACGACGUCAAGAUCCUAGAAAUCGGCGAGGUCACGCAAGAGGAUGCUGGACUUUAUCGAGUUACAUUGGAAAACGAUUUUGGUAGAAUCGAGGCUAGCGCACGACUCGAAGUGAUAAGUCGGCAUGGAUCUUAUGGGCGAACGAUAAGAACUAGAAGUGCAUCCCCCAGAACUUAUCCUUAUUUUUCUCGAAAUCUUCUGGACACAACUACGAGAACGGACGGUCGUCUUCGACUGCAAUGCGGCCUAAGAGGAACUCCUAGUCCAACGCCUACGUGGUACAGGAAUGGACGACCUUUGACCCGUUCAAAUAGAAUAAAAAGACACUUUGAUGGUAAAAUAGCAAAGAUCGAAAUUUGUAAGGUAAAAGCGAGCGACGCGGGCGAAUACAGCUGCGUGGCAACGAACGUCCUUGGCUCUGCGAGAAACACUUGUCAGGUAACCGUACUUGACCCAAACGACUCUUCAACUUUGGACAAAGAGUUGCCUAAAUUUGUGCAAUCUCUUCCCAAAGAAUCGAUCGUCAUGGAAGGAAAUUCUUUCGAACUUCGUACUAGACUUACUGGCACUCCCCCAUUCUCGAUCCAUUGGUUGAAAGAUAAACGCGAAAUUGCUGACGAUGACAACCAUCAUUACGUUUUAUAUAACGACGGUGGAAUCGCUCUCAGACUCUCUGAUGUCCAUCCAGAAGACGCUGGAGAGUAUGCUUGCAUCGUUCGAAAUGAAUUUGGGGAAAUUUCUUGUAGCGGUCUCCUUGCCGUCCAAGAUUAUAAGAAGACUAUUGGAAAUCUCGCGCCACGAUUUAGCAAAACGCCGCUAACUCAAAUCGUAGCAAAAGGCGAGACCGCGUGUUUCUGUGUACGAGUACAGUGCGACAAGCCAAUGGAUUUCUUCUGGACUAUUAAUGGAAAAGACGUUAGGGAUAAUGCUAGAUGCAAGGUCGACAAAGACGGAAAUGUCUGCAUUUUAAAAGUACACGAGGUCUGCCCACGAGACGCGGGGGAAAUUCGUUGUACGGCUACUGUCCUGGGCAAUGGUCCGUCGAUAUGCUGUACAACAGAAUUGCAAUUGAAUCGAGGCUCGUAUACAUUCGAAAAUUGUACAUCAUCAAAUUUGAAAAAAGAACGGACGAUGUCUCACAACCGUGAAAAAUCGCCAUCGCCAUCGCCGUCACCGUCACCGUCGUUUCGUCGUAACCCACUUUCGAGCUCUUUUAGAAGAUCGAAAAAAGAACAACACAUAAGAAUGUCGACGACUGACAAAUUUCAACGUGCAAGAUCGUCUUCGCUUCCUUUAAGAAAAAAAGCAUCCAGUCCUAAAGAACUUUCUCCAUUAGCAAAGAAGAAAAAUGUACUUCUUCCAAUGGAUCAAAGCAAUCUCUCGAAUAAGCAGAAAAACGAACCCGAUGUAAUAGAUUUAAUACCAUCUAUGUGCACGGAACGAUCUCUAUUAACGUCAAGUCCGGACAAGGAAUAUAUCAAAGAUGAUGACGAAUCGUCCAAUCAAUUGGACAAAUUUGUAGCAGCUACGAUCGUAAAAGCACCUGCCGAUGUAACAGUUUUCAGAGGUAACGAGCUCGUACUCGAUAUUACCUACCGUGGCGAUCCCGAGCCCUUGGUCAAAUGGUUCCGUGCGGGUCGACAAUUAACAUCCGAAGAGAACAUUAAAAUUACUUAUGGUGCUGGUGUCUCUUAUUUAACGUUGAAUAAUAUAACGGCGGAUCAUGCUGGAAAAUAUGAAGUAUCGGUUGAAAAUUUAUUAGCGAGGGAUCGACAAUUUUUUAGUCUCGCUGUUGAAGGACCACCAGAUCCACCGGCAGGUAUUCCAAGCGUUACAAGUUCGAAUAAUUCGGUAACAAUUACCUGGAGUUCACCGGCUUACGACGGUGGCUGUACAGUAACCGGUUAUACUAUCGAGAUGAACCGAGCAGAAGAAAAUUCGUGGACAGUUAUCGGUGAAUCAUGUCAUUCUCUGAGUCACACAGUGGUCCCAUCGUCAAAGAAUUCAAUCGUCGCUGGUGAAAGCUACCGUUUCAGGAUCAGGGGAGAAAAUAUUCAUGGAGUCGGUGAACCCAGUGUUGAAUCCGAGUUCAUUAGAAUGCCUGAAGAAGGAGAAACGAUUAUACAAAAGGAGGAAGAGGAAGAGUUCUCAGCAGCUUUCGAAGCACGCACGGUUCAUGCAGAGGACUCGCAAUUAUUCGUCGAUAGAUAUGACGUCUUCGAGGAAUUAGGUAAAGGUCGCUAUGGCGUAGUAAAAAGGGUCGUCGAAAAAUCAUCGAAUGCAAGUUUCGCCGCGAAAUUCGUUCGAACGAUCAAAAGCAAGGAUCGUGAACAAGUACGCGAGGAAAUUAAUAUUAUGAAUAUGCUCAGACAUCCGAAGCUUCUUCUUCUAGCAGCUGCGUUCGAAGGUCCUCGAGAAACAAUAAUGAUCACUGAAUAUAUUUCCGGUGGUGAGCUUUUCGAGCGAGUGGUAGCAGAUGACUUUACUUUAACCGAACUGGACAGCAUACUUUUUAUGAGACAGAUUUGCGAGGGGGUUGAAUACAUGCACGAAAAUAAUGUCGUACAUUUGGACCUGAAGCCGGAAAACAUAAUGUGUCGAACGCGAACUUCGCAUCAAAUCAAGCUUAUCGAUUUCGGAUUAGCGCAAACCCUUAAACCAGACACACCGAUCAGAGUUUUGUUCGGUACACCAGAGUUCAUACCACCUGAAAUUAUAAGUUACGAACCGAUCGGAACCGAGUCGGAUAUGUGGAGCGUUGGUGUCAUCUGUUAUGUACUAUUAACCGGACUAUCACCGUUUAUGGGGGAUAACGAUGCCGAGACCUUUGCAAACAUAACGAGAGCAGAUUAUGAUCUAGAUCACGAAGCUUUCGAUGCUAUUUCUAGUAAUGCUAAAGACUUUAUCACUGGUUUGCUCGUUAAGAGAAAAGAAUCGCGUAUGUCGGCAAAGCAAUGUCUAGAACAUCCGUGGAUGGUUCAACAUACUGAAAAUAUGAGUAGAGUGGCAUUACCGACAGACAAGCUAAAGAAAUUUAUCGUACGUAGAAAGUGGCAGAAAACAGGAAAUGCCAUUCGUGCACUAGGAAGAAUGGCAAUUCUUUCGGCGAACAGUAGAAAAAGUCCAACGACGACGACAGCUGAGUGUUUGAAUACGAAACCUGUAAACUCUUUCACGAGUACGAAUAGAAGAAACGAUUCUGAUGAUACGAUGAUCGAGUUAGAAGAAAAUUCCAACGAAUUCGUAGGAACCAGACGAAAGAGUAGUCUCUAUUCGUUUUGUUACAAAACGGAAGUCAAUAUCUCUUUGGAAGAAGAAUCGGACGGCAAAGCAGCCAAAGACGAAGGAAAAGACGAAGGAAAAGACGAAGUAAAAGAUGAAGAAAGCAAAUUAUCCGAAAUCGAUCGAGAUUACGUAUCCGAUAAAUCUGAAAAUCAACGACGAGUCUUUCGAGGUGACUCGCGUGAUUCCGGAAUUGGCGAUUGCAUUACAAAUUUAGCGACUUCGUCGUUGCAAUUAGACGAGUUGGGAAUCGUUUCAAUCAUCGAAGAAGAAACGGACAAUGAGAGUAGUUCAAAAUCUUUGAGAUAUGAUACAGGGAGUACCGAGGCUACCUCGCAAAAUAGCCCAAUUAAGGCUUCGCGUGAGACUAAUCACGUUCACGAAGAUACCUUUGAAAAUCAGGAUGCAAGGAUGAUCGUUGUUCGAAAUCGAGACAAAUUCGUGCCUACGGGGAAUGUUAGUCGUCGAGCAAAGAUGUUUGAACAGGAAGCAGCGGGCUUAAAAUCAUCGCCAACGUCGCAAAUUCAAAUCGUACAUCGGCCGUAUCCAGCAGCAACAAUGGCAAAUGGUAAACCGCACAACGAAAGGAUACAACGAGUCUUUGCUUUUUGGAAUAAAUAAAGAGUCUUUUUUAGUUUUGUUUUUCUAUUCCGACAAACUAGCAACACCGUAUUUAAAUUUCUUUUUCAUUUCAUCGCUCACUCGCACGCGAAAGCAUACAAUUAUAAUCGAAUAGAAAUUUAAUAAGAAAAACAAUCAUAGAAAAUCUAUCGUGUCUAUAUAAUGUUAGUGUAGAUACUUACAAUUAGUGACAAAUAAAAUGUACACGAGUAUUGUUAUAAUCAGA